UAUCUGUUGUAGUUUGUUCUAUUCUUAGCUUUCCACUUGAUGAGGUAUAUGUCAUCAGCAUGCAGCGUGUAGCUCAUGUUACCGGAGUUGUUUAAUGUUUAUGUCGGUCAAGCAGGAAGUGGAAGCUACCUGUUACAGCAGUGGUAUGCGGGCAUGCAUUAUAAAUGACAUACAGCAUCCUAUCGAACCUAACACUAAAACUAAUUAUUUGCGGUGGAGCUCAGUAGCUUGAGUGAGUUCUGCGAAUUGGUGACAGUCCGUGAGUUAUACUGUUUCAACGACAAUCAAGUUUUAGUUUAAAGUAGAGCGAGCGGGUGCAUGCGUACAUCUUGCGCUUCAAGCAGUAUUGAUUUUUGGGGUGAAAUUAGUCUCUGUUCGUUCUAAGGUUACUUUUAUUGAAUUACAUCUUUACAGUGCGUUGUACCAAGGUAGAUGAAUUAUAGUUACGACAUCAACCAGGCUUGUUUUGUAAAUAUGCUGCUUUGAUUUGGAUUACUGUUUUACUGCUUAUUGUAUAGGAUGUCUGGGAUGCAACAUGGGAUGUAUCUGCCGUGUUAGAUCUACUCUCACUUGCUGUAUACUAGCUUUGUUGUAUGUUGGUUUAAACUCAACCAAUGCAAACGUUACAACAGCCGUGUCAACUCAGGUACCUUGCGAGAACGCUAGUUUUUCCCAACCCCUGCUUCGACCCGAUGAUAUUCUCUGUCACGAAAGUGAUUUAAAUAAAGUUUCGAUGUGGACAAACCGUGCAAUAUGUAACGUCGGAUCGUACCACGAAUAUCAACCUUGGAUUAGCGUAUGUGUGUUUUCUGUCGAUACUUGUAUUGUAAACUUAAAGAAGCAUUACGACUGCGUUGUAACCGGCAACUUCGGGCCAGUAAACUGCACGGAGAAGAACAGCGGACGGUCGUUUAACUCUGACUGCAGUUUCACUUUCUUAUAUUGCACUGGUACUACUCUGGAGCAAUAUACUGUGGACAACUGUGAGAAUACAGUCUUUGAUAACUUAUACAAAGAAGGUGGGAAAUGUGGCCGACUUGGUAACUCCCCGAAUCAAAACAUAUACUCGCUGACAAGGUUUCUUUACGAUCACAUUGUAGCUGGUGGUGAACAAUAUGAUGAAUUGAGAGAGCUCGUUGUGCAGUAUCCUAUAUAUUGCUAUUCAUGGAGGAUAGCACUUGGUUGUGGUCUCACAUUUGUUCUCAUCUGCUUGUCUUGUCUCGUACUUCGAGCAAGGAAAGUUUUAAAGAAAGAUCUGCUUGUUGCUUCGGAUGACGAACGUAUUCGAGAUUUGACUAAACUACUCCACGAUGUUCCCGAGAGCAUAGAAUAUUGUGACCACGAUUACACCGAACAAUUCAUAUGUAUCACUGAUAUGGGAGACGUUCGGGUAAGAGAUCGUCCAAGACAUGCAAUUCACUGGGACGAAACUGUGGAGCUUGCGUCACCUUGCGAGCAGUUAGCAUCUGAUGUUUUUCAAGAGCCUCGCAAGUCGUCUAUAUUCCAUGACCCGCUAGACAGCGCGACUUUUCUCUUCACCCCAUCUGAUGCUGGUAGCAGCUUCAGUGAUGCUGUCACCUCACCCAAAUCUUCAGUGUCCAGCCACCCGCCACAAACACUGUUAAACAACGGCGCCAUUAACGCACCCGACAACUUCUACGUGGGGCGCAACCGUGGAGGUGUCGCUUUUGAAAACCGACUUUACACGAAAGAAAGGAACGGCGGCCUGCCUUGCUGUAACGAGCCCCAUACAAACGGUGUGGUUUAUUUAAACGAACCAAACAGCGCUCCCCAUUUACAAAACUUAUCUUACCUCCCGGAACCGAAAUGCGGAAGUCCGAACUCAGCUUUUACUGAAACACCAAUGGCGUUAUAUGAUACCAUGACGUCAUCAUUUGAUGACGUCAGCCCAACAUUAAACUACAGCGUCGUUCGUUUCUUUCCAGAAAACGACAGCGACUGUGAUGCAGAAAAUGUCGAUAUACCCACCGAUAAAGAUGGUUAUAUUCCCAAAGCCUAACCGGCCAACAUUUGCUAAUGUAUGCCUGUUAUGCAUAAGCACACAUACCCCAAGUAUAUAUACAUUACUUUCCAUUUUUUCUUGUUUUUACACGCGUAUGACUCUUUUUUGUAACAUGUCACAAUGCCAGUCAUGAAGGUAUUUGUUCCUUACAACCUUUCGAUUUUCCGUCUUCGCAGUAACCAACACACAAUCAAUUCUAUAACACAAAUAGAGAUUCCAGGCUGGGUCCGUUGGUUCAGAUGGAUCUGCCUCAAUCAAAUACACCACGCUGACACUGUCUCGCAGGUUACAUGUACUUUUAAUACAAUGACUGUUGCAUAGUA